GAAACGGGACGUUUUCGAACACUCACCCCAGUUGUAUAACCUCCGCCGCAAAUAUUUUUUACUGGCGACUGCAGCAGCUCGAAUUCCGUGCAAAUAAACCUUAAAAAAUGGCUGGCGAAGGCGAGAAACUGACCGGCCUGUCGAAGAUCUUCAAUGGCUCCACCAUGAGCGGCCGUGCCAAUGUUGCCAAGGCCACGUACGCCGUGGUAGGACUGCUGAUCGCCUACCAGGUGCUGAAGCCCAAGAAGAAGUAGGGCGCCCUCAUACUCAUCCGCAUCCGCCACAUCCGAAGUUCAGGGUCCGGGGAUGCCACUGGAUGCCGCUGGAUUCCGGAUCAGACGCCUCCGGUUCGCCGGAGCGGGUUUAUUUUAUGUGUAGUGCAAGACCUUGAAGGAAUAAAUAAGCUGAGAAUGUAACACACUGAA